AUGCCCUCGGCAAAUAAUAAGAUAGUAACGGACGACGAGGGAGCUAGCCCCGCCGAGAGAGUUUCCGCCGCCUGCCGCGAAGAUAACACGGAUGCCCUAGAAGAGGUCCUUAUAGAGAUGGAAAACGCAAAGAAAACGAGUGGGGAAAUUGCUGCUUUCUUUAAUAGCGUUACGGACCCUUUGGGAAAUUAUGCGCUUCAUAUAUGUGCUAUGCAUGGCAGCUACCACGCAGCCGACUUCCUCUUCGACAUAGAAUUCUUCGAAUGCGACCCAAAAACCCGACUCGACAAAGAAACACCCCUCCACCUCGUCGCGCGCUACGCAAACGAUACAAGCCGCUACAACUCCGUCCGAGACGCCAUCACGAUGAUAAAAAUGAUGUGCGAAGCGGGCUGUGACCCGCGAGUCACGAAUAAACACGGCGAGACCCCCUCACGAUUACCAGAUAUGAUACCGGAAGACGUGCGCAAGGAAUUGAGGCAGGCGGAAUAUCUCUUGAAUGAAGGGCUGGCAUUACAGAAUGAUGCUAAUAGUGACGAUGAUGAUGCUGGGGACCAGAAUAGUGCGAGUGAUUCUGAGUGAGGAUGAGAAAAGGGCAGCCCAAGGGUGGCUGCGUGGGUUUGAGAGCAUGACCCUCUACGAAUCUUCUUCUUGUUCUUUUUCUUUCUUUCUUUCUUUCUUUCUUUCUUUCUUUCUUUCUUUUUUUCGGUUCCAACUUCCGCUAUCUUAGAAUCAAUCCAGCGUUUUCAAUUCACGUGCGCGCACAUCAGCGAAAACAAAAGAGAAAGCGGAGGAGAAAGUAAUGACGAAAAAGUGGAAAGCUGCCCCUUACCUAGCGUUCGAUGCAUGUUUUGCAGGCGUCUCCUCGUCUAUUAUCUCCCUCUUAUGUAUUUCGCUUUGGCCUGAACGAAUCCUCUUUCCUUGUUGCCCCAUCUGCUCCCUUUAUUUACCCUCGAGUUAUUGUGGCUCAUGUUUUAUAUGCAGCGCUUCUAUCUGUACAUGUACCCGCUUCUCUCCCUCUUUUCGUCUCAAUUUGCACAUACUGCCCAUGCCCGAAAUGACCGGUCAGAUAUAUAUAGAUAUAUACCCACCUGUAUCAGGAAUAGGAAUAGAGAAAGCUCGCAAGGUGUGGAUACAAAUCAACUUUUCUUCCUUUGUAUGUUAUUUUUUACUUAUAUGGGGUCUCUUACCAUUGUUGUUUAAGGUUAGCGGGAGUAUAUAUAUGUAUCUCGUUCCUCAGCGGAAAAAUGUCAAUUUCCUAACCAGUCGUGGCUGCCGUUCUUCCUUUCUUCAUCUUGUUUUCAUUUCCUUUAUUCGAAGGGCAAUAUGGAGGGAAUAGGUUGGAGAGAUAUACAACAAAUAAAUAGAAUUAUUUUC